UCAGCUCCGGAAAAAGAAAAAAAAAAAAAAUGUGGAAAGAGUAAGCACAAAGCUAUUAGUUUCGCAUCCAAACAAAAGUCAAACUUCCUAAAGCAUUGGAAGGUGGGUCAUCCAUUUCUAUAGACUAGGUACAAGAUUAGUCAAUUUACCCUUACAAUAAUUCAGUUUUACCAGAAGUGCCAUUUGUGCCUCAAAACGUUAUCAGUGCUCCCUUCUUUCCUAGGACUUUUCAGAAUUCCAUGCUGUGACAACUUUAUGGUCAUAGAAUGCAGCUGUUCAACAGAUCUCUGUUGACGUUGUGUGACUUUCCCUAGGGAGACAUGUAGAAGCGUCUUCUCCAGCUAGGGCAAACAAACACUAAGAGAACAACGAGGAGAGCCUCCUACUCCCACACUUCUCAAAACCUGUUUAGGGACACCCCAUCUACCUUCCUGCCCUUAAGAAUCCGUUGGCUUCAUUCAAACGCGCCGCCUUUGCCAACACCCAAUCAGAACGUCCGAUCUUCAGUUACCGACCAAUGAACGAAUGCAAUAGACCAGGGGGAAAAGUAGGCAUGAAGCCAUCUCGCAGCGCCAUCACACUUUAGGGCAGGGAGGUUAAGAAGCCGGCAUGGCGCUCGGGUCAAUAAAAUCGAUAGCUGGAGGCCGCCUGCGUUGCAGGCAGCAGCGGCGGUGCAGGAGCAGCGCCGCCAUCUUCCCCGAAGGCAUCUUCCGGUGCCUCUCACCCAAGUUCCAGCGGGAGUUUCCUGAAUAACGGUGUGGUCUGCGUCGGGCCGCUCCCGAUUUCCUCCGGGCCUUCCCGUCCCGGCCGGGCUCCUGGGUCUCGGGGUGCGCGGUGUCCCGGGCAAGGCCGGGGCGCGGGUCCGAUGGCGCCACCCUCGGCUCCGCUCCCCGCGCGGGCACCCGGAGAGGCUGGACCUACUCGGAGGAGGGGCCGGAGGCCAAGGGCCUUGAAGUUCGCGGACGUGGCCGUGUACUUCUCCCCGCAGGAGUGGGGCUGCCUGCGGCCCGCGCAGAGGAUGCUGUACCGGGAGGUGAUGCGCGAGACCUACGGGCUCCUGGGCGCGCUCGGAUGUGCAGGUCCCAAACCAGCUCUCAUCUCCUGGUUGGAAAGAAAUACCGAUGAUUGGGAACCGGCGGCCCUAGAUCCGCAAGAGUACCGGAGAUGGGUAACAUUCCAGAGAAAAACCCGAACCAGACAGAAGAAUGAAGAGAAGGAAGUAUUCCCACCUAAGGAGACACCCCGAAAGGGGAAGCGAGGGCGGAAGCCCAGCAAACCGCGGUUGAUUCCCAGGCAGACAUCUGGAGGCCCCAUCUGCCCUGACUGCGGCUGUACCUUCCCUGACCACCCCGCCCUGGAGAGCCACAAAUGCGCCCAGAAUCUGAAGAAGCCCUACCCUUGCCCGGACUGUGGGCGCCGCUUUUCCUACCCAUCCCUGUUGGUCAGUCACCGGCGGGCCCACUCUGGUGAGUGCCCUUACGUUUGUGACCAGUGUGGCAAACGUUUUUCCCAGCGGAAGAACCUGUCUCAGCACCAGGUCAUACACACAGGCGAGAAGCCCUACCACUGCCCUGACUGUGGCCGCUGCUUUCGACGGAGCCGGUCCCUGGCCAAUCACCGGACCACACACACGGGUGAGAAACCUCACCAGUGCCCUAGCUGUGGGCGUCGCUUCGCCUACCCGUCCCUGCUCGCUAUCCACCAGCGGACACACACGGGAGAGAAGCCCUAUACCUGCCUGGAGUGCAGCCGCCGCUUCCGCCAGCGCACCGCCCUGGUCAUCCACCAGCGCAUCCACACAGGAGAGAAGCCUUACCCCUGUCCUGACUGCGAGCGACGUUUCUCCUCCUCCUCCCGCCUCGUUAGCCACCGGCGUGUGCACUCUGGGGAGCGGCCCUAUGCCUGUGAGCACUGUGAAGCCCGCUUCUCCCAGCGCAGCACCCUGCUCCAGCACCAGCUCUUGCACACGGGCGAGAAGCCCUACCCCUGCCCGGACUGCGGACGUGCCUUCCGAAGGAGUGGCUCCCUGGCCAUUCACCGCAGCACCCACACGGAGGAGAAGCUGCAUGCUUGCGAGGACUGUGGCCGCCGCUUUGCCUACCCCUCCCUGCUGGCCAGUCAUCGGCGUGUGCACUCGGGCGAGCGGCCGUAUGCCUGUGACCUUUGCUCCAAACGCUUUGCCCAGUGGAGCCAUCUGGCUCAGCACCAGCUUCUGCACACGGGGGAGAAGCCUUUCCCCUGCCUUGAGUGUGGCCGGUGCUUCCGGCAGAGGUGGUCUCUCGCUGUCCACAAGUGCAGCCCCCACAUCCCCAAUGGUAGCCCUAGACCUGUUCUAGCAGGGCCUGGUCAGAGGAGGAGUGCCCUGUAGCGUGACGAAGACUGUGGAAGGUCACUUAUGCAGGGGUUCAGAGGUCAUACAGAGCGGGAAGAGCUAAAGCCCUGGUCCCCGGCUCCACAUCCCGAACUCCAGUGUACUCCACCACACUGGCUGCCUUACAGCUUGUCUAGAACAGUUACCAGGAGAGAUGACACCAUUUGAUUAAAGCUUUCCAAGCUAACCCAUCUUAAAAUAAUGUGGGUGUCUUUUCCCCCCAGCUUCUCUAGGGCUGCCUUCUUAGUUCGUGUGUAAAGGGCAGAACCUCCCCUGCUCUGUCUCUGUUUCCAUAUCAUGUGAAAAAUCACUCCUGCCAAGUGAUCGGUCAUUGCUGAAAACUGACUGGAGUUCACUACCUCACAUGGCAGGUCAUUUCCUUGUGUGAUGGUGCUAAUUUUUAGAAGGCUAUAUACUGCAUUCUCCUUCGAAAACUUGGCCUAGAACAUGUUUAGUACUUUAUCCACAUGGUGGCUCUUCAGAAAACCUAAUCACAACUACUUUGUGCCCAAGUUGGUUGGUGUGUGUGUGUGUGUGUGUGUGUGUGUGUGUGUGUGAUAGUGGUCUCACUGCCUCAAGUGGUCUUUAACUUGUGGCUUAAGUGAUUCUCACACCUCAACCUUCUGAAUAGUUGUGGUAGGCUGGUGCCACCACAUCUGGCUCUGUUCAAAUGUUUUGUUUUGUUUUUUUAAAGGUGUAUAUACAUAUUUUAAAGAUUUAUUUAUUUUUAUGUGUUUGAGUGUUUUGCCUGUAUGUCUAUCUAUGCACCAUAUUUGGGCCUGGUGCCCAAAAGAGACCAGAUGAGGGCAUCAUAUUCCCUGGAACUGGGGUCGUGAGCCACCAUGUGUAUACUGGGAAUCGAACCGCAGGCCCUCUGGAAGAGUAGCCGGUGCCCUUAACCACUGAGCCAUCAACUCCAGCUUCUGGUCAGUCAUUCUUGGAAGACUCUCAGUUCCCACAUGUGAAAUCUCCAGGUGGGCUGUUUUCAGUGCCUCUUGUUAAGAAUCGUACGAAAACAGCAGUACCGUGGUAUGCACCGUGGACUCCUCCGGUCUGUUUUAACUAGACACUGAUAUGGGGGAAAUGCCAGUGUGUUUGUUGGGCUUCAGACCUCUAAACGCCCUAAGAUUUCUUUUUAGAGAUGUGAUAAAACCAAAUCUUCACCACAUUCCGAAAAUUAGUUCAGGUUGGGUCUGAGGCAUCAGCAUAGUAAACCGAGAGGUUUGAUUGUUCUUCUUUUUUUUUUUUUUUUUUUUUUUUUUUUUUUUUUUUUUUGGAGACAGAGUUUCUCUGUGUAGACCAAACUGACCUUGAACUCACAGAAAUCCAGAGAUGCACUUGCCUUUGCCUCCUGAGUGCUGGGAUUAAAGGCGUGUGCCACCGCCCAGCGAGAGGUUUGAUUUUAAGAAAAAAGUGGCGGACUGGAAUCUAGCAGCAAGAGGGGACCUGAGCCUGAGGCAGGUAGCUAGUAGCUGGGAAAAUCCCUGGGAACUGGGUUUUAUUUUUUCCCCUGGUUUUCACCAAAAUAAGGAAACAGCAUGGAACCUUCCAUGGGGCCCCAUUCAGUUUUUGCUCGUAAUUAAAGUGAGGUCAUUCAAGGCACCCACCUAAUUAGGUGCUCAGUAAAACCUUACUGCCCUUUGCCCUCAGCAGCUGCACCGAAGUGGAAUUUCUAUGACUUACCAUAUUCCAACAACAUCAUCCUCCUGCGGUUGCUUCUUCCUAUAGUGCAUCUGAUGUCAGCAUUAGGUGGGGAGCAGAUGGGAUACAUCUUCGUCGUUAUUACUUUUGUUUAGGUGUUUAGCAAGCUGAUUGUAACUGUUUGUUUCUUUGUGGAUAAUGAGUGCCCUCUGGGCAGGGGCCUUGCCAGAUAGUUUCAUUAAAAUAUUUAAUGGAUAAA